GCGCGAGGUGACGUAUACAUAUAUCCAUGGUUGGUCUGGCAUCGGAGGGGCACGCUUCAGUAUCCCUUGCGCACGCUUCUCUGCCGAGCACCGCUCAACCCCCUCAAGCAUUCCUAUGCCUUUCACGAGCGUAAGCGACAAGGUCCUCCCCUGACGCGAAAGCGCGUUAACGACGCGACCUGGCUGGAUUCCAGCAAUCCAAGGAAAAGAUGGCUGUAUCGGAGCGAAUGUCUUCAUCCUCGCGGCUCCCUUCUAACCUGGCGAUCACCUUCUUAUGCGACUGUGCGCAUUGACGCAACUGUUGUUUACGAAGAUCGACUGCAUUUUCGGCGGGCAUGCUUUGCUAAACAUACACAAGAGACACCAUCAUGCAGUUGGUGGCCAUUCUUUGCCUCCUGGCAACUGCGGUCGCGACAUCGCCCGAAAUCAACUUCCCUCUCUACCUACAACUACCACCCGUCGCGCGGGUCGGAAAAGCGUACAAUUUCCAGUUUGCCGCUACCACCUUCCAGCCAAACCCAGACCAGCUCGUGUACUCGAUAGCGGGUGGUCCAUCAUGGCUCCACAUUCAUAGCGAGAACCGGACGCUUUGGGGCACUCCAGAGGCGAAAGAUGCCGGGACGGCGACAUUCACAAUCGUUGCAGCUGGUGAAGCUGGAUCAGUGGCCAAUCUGGACACGCGGUUGCCUGUUAAAAAAGAUGAUGGGCCCAAAGCGAGUGGGAGUAUUUUGCAAGCGCUCUCUAAGCUAGGUCAGCUGUCAGGACCACGUAAUAUCACCCUCCUUCCUUCGAAGUCUUUUGAUUUCGUCCUGGAUCAAGAUGUGUUCGAGUCGGAUGGUAAGAAGCUAUCUUACUAUGCCACCCUUGCCGACCAUACCCCGCUGCCUUCUUGGAUUAGCUUCGAUGCCAAAGAGUUGCGCUUUACAGGAACGACACCUUCGACAAGUAGCCCACAGAACUUCGACAUUCUUCUUGUCGUUUCUGAUACACCUGGUUUCGCGGACGCUUCAACACCAUUCACUCUGGUUAUCAACAACCAUCUGCUGCUGUUCAGGCCAGUAGCGCAGACCGUGAACGUCACAAAGGGGCAAGACGUGGAUUUAAAAGGGCUCAAGAGCAUGUUGUAUCUGGACGAUGCCCCAAUUCGCGACGACGAUAUUCAGUCCGCUAGCGCCGAUUUACCGAAAUGGUUGUCUUUCGAUAACCACUCCUUCGAGAUCAGUGGAACUCCGCCUUCAGGUCUUAUGUCUCAAGACAUUUCUGUCACCGUGCAAGGCAAAUCGGGGGUCUCAGCAGAGCAGAUAAUUCAUCUAGCAUUCACUUCUGAACUGUUCAUUGGAGAGAUUGGCCACUUGAACAUUACUCCUGGUGUCUAUUUCGACCAGCAAGUACCGAGAUCUAUCUUAUCAUCUGAUAAUGAGACCGUUUCUAUGGACUUUGGCAGACUCAACAAGUGGUUGAGAUUCGAUGCAGAUAACCUGAUCGUAUCGGGCAUUCUACCAGAAACCACCGUAGCUGGUACCGUGGAGGGCUCCUUAAUUGCGACGUCUUCCGACGGCAAGACGAAGGAUACACAAACCUUCCAGAUUGAAGUAGUGGCGACCGAAGCCAACAAUCCCAACAAAUCUUUGAACUCGGACACCAAAGACAACAAACCUGCCACAGACACAGACGCAGACGACGGGUCUUCGAAGAAAAGAACUGGCAUAAUAGUUGGUGCCGUCUUAUCGUCAUUGUUCGCCGCGGCUAUACUCGUUCUUCUCUUCCUGUCUUUCUGCCGCCGACGAAAGAACAACCAGCCGGGUUAUAUCAACCCUGGCGCCCCUAGAAGUCCGACCAAGAAGGAUAUUUCGCGCCCAAUUCCUAUUGCUGGAGUGGGAGAAAUCGAAAGAGCAGAAUAUGACGAUCUUGAGAAAGGGAAACUAGACGGCUCACCUCCUCGAUUUCUUGAGCGUCCGCCUCAGCUGCACCUCCUUCCGCUGCCCUUGGUCAGGAGGGGUGUGUAUGCUCACUCCCGCGAGACAUCCUUGAACGACCGGGACGAUAACCUUGUCACGAAACUACACGAAUCUUUCAACUUCAAGGCCGAGAACGAACCUAUCCACCAUCCCGCCGAUUCAAUGAAGAUACCGACUGACAUACUACGACGGAAGUCAGCAGGCUCACCUGAUCUACAGCGAAAAGGCACACAUGAUGCUUCUCAGGAUAAGCAUAAGAAGAAACGGCGUAGCUCUGGAAAGCGACGCUCGACACGCCAAAGUCAUGCACAAUCAGCAUCUCGAGGCACUAAUGCUUCGGCCGCACAGCGAACUAUGAGUUCAAGUUCGCAUACCACCGCAUUGUCUACCGUCCCGUCUGCAUUUCCUCAGCCCUCGAAAGCCCGUCGUACCACGCAGUUCACGACCCCCCAUGAGAAGCGCCAGAGCAUACGACCCGUCGUACCGUCCCCAUACGAGAGCCCUGAGCGCGUCGAGCGCCUGCUCGACCGCCGCACCAUCGAUGAAAAGCGCCACAGCUACAUUCGAAAACGCGCUUCGGCCCAGCAGUCGCCGCUCUUCGCGGGGUCUCGCGUCUCUUCGUCAAACUACAACACUCCACCUGGCUUUAUAGCUGACCCGGGUAUGGCCAACAAGUCUCCCCUGAAGCCGAUUUCUCCUAAUAUAGUCAAGCCGAGUGACACGGUUCGCGGGUCGGACAACGAUCUACCCGCAAGCCUCCGCAUCCGAAAGCCAGCUGACACGCCGUCGCCUGCGACGACCCACUUCGAUCUCUCCAAGAGUCUGAGGAAGAACAGACCCACGCACGGAUUCGGAAGGAGACACACGGACGCGCCCUCCUCGUCGAAGAGCAGCGAUGCGGAUGAGCCGCCGCCACGGUCUGCGCUGCGUCCUGGAACAGCGGUAUAUCAGCCCACAGGUAUGAACAGUCAGUCCUCAGCUCAGGCGAGUCUACGCGGUCCGAUGAUACGAGAUACUUUAAACAAGACAUUGGGCGAGCAAGUCUUCAAGGACGCCGAGCUGAGCGAGAGCAACUACUCCAGCGAGGAAGAAGACAUAGCAGACGCGGAGCACCGGCACACGCUCAAGCCCAGUAACUCGGUCAGAAAUUGGAUUGGUCCACUGAAGAUCGACAAGAUCGAGGAGAAAGGCGAACGCGACACCAAGCGGGACAGCAGGUGCAGCAGCAAGAGAAACAGCAAGCGCAACAGCACCAACACCAGCAAGGCCCUCAAGCGCGCCUCCGAACGCGAUCCCACGCCCUUCUACCGUCCCGAUCCCCUCGAGCAUGGGGGGAAAGAAAACCUCAGCGCAUCCCUGUAUACCCUGGCCGACAACAGUCCCGCGAAGCUCCCCCCAGCGGAAGAACAACUCACACAGAACCAGAGCAGGACGUCCACCUCCCCGAUCCGCCCCAGAGCCUCUACCGGCCACCAGACUUAUUCGCACCGUCCUAAAGUUCGCUCCCGCAACUUCUCCCGCACAAUCACCCGCUCACCCUCAGUUCGCACCAGCACUGCAUCUGCGCACGCUAUGCCGCGCGUCCCCUCGCCUGAUCAAAGACACUCCCGGAAAUCGCUGCACUCCCGCUCCCGCUCGCGAGGCGGCGUACAGCGCCCCAAGAUGCACUCCCGCAGCCGCACCCAGUCUGGCGCGUACCCGCGCUGGGCCGACAUCCGGGCGUCUCUCGCCGCCUCGGAGCGCUCGCACAGCAGCAGUGGCGCCGGGAUAGGGGCGCCGCGGGCGCGCCGCAGCACGGUGGAGUCGUCUGCUACGGAGCGGGACGGCGCGGGCAAUGUAGUCGGGUACGGGGAGGACGAGGCGCCCGUGGUGGAGGAGCUGCGGCGAGAGAGCAUCGGGGUGGGUACAUCGGCGCGGAACUCGCGGCUUGUACACUUGCACUCUUCCCCGUUCUACCAUGCGAAGCGCGAUCGCGACACGGCUGUGCUUGCGCCGUCGACGCCGCGGCCGGCUGCGGGCGUGGGGUUGGGGCUGUCGCUGCUGGGGGGAGGGCACGUGGAGGAGGAUGCGACGCCGGGGCCUGAGAGUGCCGUGAAAAGGGUGGGGGUUGCGCGGGAGAGCAGUGUGGAGGAGGGAAGUCCGGAGAUGCUAAGGGUGGUGGAGGGGAAGGGGAAGAGGCCUAUUAGUGUGGAAGUGGAUGAAGAGGCGCAGAGGCGGAAGGGAUUAGGGAGUUUGAAGGCGGCGUGGGGGCGGGGUUCGAGUAUUUGGAAGAGUCGAGAGUCGAAAGCGUUCUUGUGAUCAGGGUUGGGUUUUGACCAAGUGAUUUAGAACAUGUUUGGAGGUGUUUCCUUUUCAUAAGCCGUGGUAUUUUCAUCUCUUGUAGUUGGAUACUCCGUAGCUUUCGUAGCUCAUGAUAUGCAAAACCAAAUCCUACCUUCUACCCAGAACGCCGUUCAUAAUGCAAUGUUGGCCCAAUGUCGUCUCCCACAACCUUGUUCACAACUGGAUAUCAUUGUUGAGCAGUCGCACCUCCUCACCUGGCUUGAAUGCCGGCAAGCCGAUGUAUGGGCA